GUCAUUACAGAGACUGUUUAUAACUUUCACUCUCACUGCGACACACAACUGGAAUGUUUCUCCUUACAAAUACCAAGAGACUAAACAAUUACAAGGACAUACCAUCUAAACUGUAAAUUCUAAGCGCAGCUGUUAAAAGUGAAGGUUGUAAAGUUGAUCAAAGUUUAUUGACUGUAUUUUAGCUUCUGGAUAAUCUACAAUGGCAACUCCUGCUUCUGUCCUUGAGCUGCUGCUGGACACUCUGGAUAGCUUGGUCUCAAGCGAGCUGAAGAGAUUUCAGUAUCUACUGACUAAGAACAUGUUAGAUGGCUGGUUUCCUAUUCCUAAGAGCCGUCUGGAGAACGCUGACAGGGAGGACACCGUGGAGAAGAUGGUCAGCGCCUACAGCCAUGAAGGAGCAGUGAAGAUCUCACUGACGAUCCUGAGGAAGAUGGGCCAGAAUGAUCUUGCUAUGAAGCUGGAGAGAGGCACUCUAGAAGAGGUGCCAGCACUGAAAAAGACUGCGUCUCACCAAAAGGAAGAACUGAAAUCCAAUUUAGAGAGUCUUCGAAAGAAUCAAGAAACGUACAAAAGCAUGGAGGUCCACAUUAAGAAGCAACGUGCGGACGCAGAGAGGCAGAUGAAGGAGCAGUUUGAAAAGUUCCACCGGUUUCUGCGAGAGGAAGAAGAGGCCAGACUGGUUGCGCUCAGGGAGGAAGAGGAGCAGAAGGGCAGGGCUAUUGCCAGCGAGAUGGAGAGAAUUCUCAAGCAGAUCUCUUCUCUUGAACAGGACCUGCAGAAAGACGACCGCUACAAAUACAUCCAGAACAGCACAUUGCCGGGUACACAGCAGGUCUCAGGGGUGCUUAUCGACAUGGCCAAACACCUGGGAAACCUGCAGUUCAGAGUGUGGGAGAAGAUGAAGGAGAUAGUCCAAUUCACUCCUGUGAUUCUGAACCCCAACACUGCAAACCGCUGGCUCUCUGUGUCUGAUAAUCUGACCAGUGUGAGAUUUAAUAACAUAGGUCAGCAAAUCACUGACAACCCAGAGAGGUUCGCACAGUAUGCCAAGGUUCUGGGCUCCGAGGGCUUCAGCUCAGGGAAGCACAUCUGGGAGGUGGAGGUGGGGGACCAUCCUGAGUGGAACCUGGGAGUAGCUAAAGAAACCAUAGAUAGGAAGGGGGAGAUUCUUGCUUCACCAGCUUAUGGAAUCUGGGCUAUACUGAACAGGAAUGGUGUGUAUCAAAGUGGAAAGGGUGAGCCCCUUGCUUUUGAGAAGCUGAAGAGGAUCCGAGUGCAGCUGGACUUCACCAGUGGGGAGGUGUCCUUCUACGACCCCAAAGAUAUGACACACAUCUAUACUCAUAAAGACACGUUUGCUGAGAGACUGUACCCAUACUUUCUUGUUGGACUGGCUGGUGGUGCCAACAACCCUGAUAUACAUAUCUGCCAAUCAGAGGUGUCUCUGACAGUAAUGGCAUCUCAGUGAGGCAUGUGAUCACAUCUUACGAUUGAAACUUAUCAAAAUGAAUUCAAAGGCUAGAAUCUUGUGCAGAAUUUUUUUGGGGAUAAUGAUUUGAAAUAAUGCCUUGAACAGAACAGUCAUUUAAGAAAAUAAAUAAAGAAUAUAAUUUAUGCUUAGCUAAUCCCCCCCCCCCCUAAAGGUAAUUCCAAUUGAGCCGGGACAUGCAGCUUUUACCGUGAAUGCAGUCUCCGUGACCGCGGAAACAUUGUCUUUACAUUUCAAUCACUCUAUAGAGCUGAACUUCAGCGAUACGGAUUGAAUCAAUCCCGAGUUAUGAUGUGAAUAAAGUUGAUUAAAAAAAUGUGACCAGAAUUCAGGCUGCUUGAUUGGUUAGUGGCUUUCAGUACGACAUGAUACACAUGCAUUCUUGUAUAUUUUUCCCAUUGCUGAAUUCUAACCUCAGUGUAAUAGCAUGUUCGAUUUCAGGGCUGUGCUGCUGACCUCAAAACAUUUGACCUGGGUCAUGUUCAUUCGAUACCAAAUGGAAGGAAACGGACUGAAACAGGAAGGGGAGACCUGGACUUUUAGUUUUCUGUUGCAAUAGGGGCCCUGGACAUAUACCCCAGCACGCUUAUCACAUCCCUUCCAGCAGAUGCCAUUAGAGUAUAACAAAUGGAAGACCAAUUCAAAUGGAAAGGUCAAAUCAGUUCACCUCAGGAAAUAGUGAGCACCAAUUUGCUUUUGUGUUUUCUUCUAUUACAUUAAAGAGAUCCUCUUGUA